AUGCUGCGCGGGCAUUCAGCAGGUAUUGCCGUGUGUGCAUGUGUACAACAGCUGUAUGGUGCACGGGUGCAUGAGUCACCUACAUGCAUACCCACGCAUCCGCUGACACAACUGUACUUUUGUGAAGAAUGCUAUGCUCUGAGAUGCAACGACUGCAUUGACUGGGAAAUCAGUAGUACGUACUGCCCCAGCUGUCUCUUUGAGGUCCCUGGCACAAGCGUUCGAGCACAAAAGUCGCAGUGUGCGCGGAACUGCUUUACAUGCCCUGUAUGCACGCACGUACUUUCAAUCGUAGGCUCGGAUCCACCACGGCGUGAAGCGCUCACGGCGCCGGAAGCAAGUUUGGGCAUAGCGCCAUUUUUUCUCAGCUGCUCAUGCUGCCGCUGGGACUCGAAACGGAUAGGUCUUGUUGCGGAGAAAGCGGCUGAUCUCAGUGCUGUCUUCCACAGCAUGGAGCAAAAUGCAUGGCCUAUGCAAGAGUACGAGCGCCUGAUCGAGCACAUGGCACCGGAAGUUCAGGCGAAUAUCUAUGAACGCACGCGCAAGACACGUUCUUCCAGGCGUUUCCGCCCAAACUUAGUUAGGCCACCGCCAUCGAACUAUCACGCAGACUAUGAGCCUACGCGAUCGCAGGCACUUACAAAAUAUGCGUCACGACUCUCGAGACAGUGUGGGUUGGUGCAGCGCGACAUGAUGCAAGUCUCGACUGUUCAGCAGCGAUGGACAAUGCCGUGCGAGCAGCCAUACCAAGUGACUGCACUGCAUCCUCGACGUGUGCGACUUCUAUGUAAGCUGAGCAAGAGAUGCAGUACCUGCCGGCAUAUCCUAGUGCGCCCGGAGCCGCGCACGAACUCCAAUGCGUACAAAAUCAAGCUCCUCGCUAGUCAGUUUCUUCCGUCGUGCACGGUGAUGCCGAGCGCUAACGGGCUGUGGACACUCACGCUUACGAACCCACUAAUGGAUGCUAUGGACAUUACGUUACGAUGUGUAGGAGCAGAGCUCUCAAUCCGGCACGUGCAGGUGCCGGCCUUCGUGGAUGCGUUCGAGAUGGACGAUGAUGACGUGGCGGCUCGGGGACUGGCGCCAGUAACGCCGAAUACGGGCUGGGAUGCAUUUGUGCAUGGCACGUAUGUGUAUCGUCACCACGCGGUGCUAAGUGUGCGAGUUCGAGCCGAUAUGCAAGUGCUACCAUUAGAGAUCCAGUGGAGCGUCGCAGAGACCAUGCGCUCUCAUACAUUCUGGUCGCUCGUUCCGUUGAGAUGA